AUCCAUAGCUCGCAAGUCAUAUUUUUUUUAUAAAAAACUCAAUCCAGUAAAACUUCGACAGCUGGAUUCCUCUUUCUGGCACGUGUCACCGCCAACAAACCCUAAUCUCUCGCCCACCGGUCACCUCCAGCCUCCUCCUCCUGGUCCUCAACCUCCCAUUGGCCACCGCUCCACCACAUCAUCAGUUAUCACCUCUCUCUUUGUCUCUCUCUCUCUCUCUCUCUCUCCUGCGAAUUUGUUUACAAGAAAAAUCUGAUCUUUUUUUAAGUUCCAAAGACAAAACAGACACAGACAGUGGAACUCUGAGAUUAGGGGAUUGCUAGUUUCUUUAUUGUCUUAGCUGUUGACAUUGUCUCUGUCUUAAGUUAUCAACCGUUGAUCUUUUUAGAUAAAAAAGGGACAGUAUCUAGAAGAAAGGAAGGCUCUUUCUCUUCUCUCUUUGGUUGGUGUUUAUAAAGUAUCCCACUUGGACUUCCACCUCACUACUCUUUCUUCCACGACAUGAAACCAGGUCCAAAUAUUCUGAACUCCAAAAAUUAUAUUGCAAACUAGCCACGGAGUCUGGGUUGACCCAUUGGGUUUGAGAUGGAACCACGUGCAGUUGGCUAAAUGGCAAAGUCAUCGUAUGCAUGGCCCACAGUAGUACUGAUUGGGCCACCUAAGUUUUUCUUCUAAGGAACUUCAUAGAUAUUGCUCAGAUUUACAAGAAACCGAUUGGAAGUGUUGAACUGGUGAUAAUUGUUGAGUUUAUCUAUGGGGACAGGGGAAGAUAGCACACCUGCUAAGCCUUCCAAACCAGCAUCUUCGACUCAAGAGAUACCAACGACACCUUCAUAUCCUGAUUGGUCAAAUUCUAUGCAGGCUUAUUAUGGUGCUGGAGCUACUCCACCUCCCUUUUUUGCAUCAACUGUUCCAUCUCCAACUCCUCAUCCAUAUCUCUGGGGAAGCCAGCAUCCUUUACUCCCACCCUACGGGACCCCGGUUCCAUAUCCAGCUUUAUAUCCUGCUGGGGGAGUAUAUGCCCAUCCUAAUAUGACUGUGACACCAAAUUCAGCACAAACAAAUACGGAGUUAGAAGGAAAGGGCUCUGACGGAAAAGACUGGGCUUCAGCCAAAAAAUCCAAGAGAACUUCAGCUGGCAAGGCAGUUGAGAGCGUAAAGGCAGCUUCGGCUUCUGGAAAUGAUGGUGCCUCCCAAAGUGCUGAAAGUGGUAGCGAUGGCUCCUCAGAUGCAAGUGAUGAGAACACUAACCAACAGGAAUUUGCUGCAAAUAAGAAGGGGAGUUUUAAUCAGAUGCUUGCAGAUGGGGCAAAUCAGGCUGCAGUCCCAGGGAAACCUGUUGUGUCUAUGCCUGCUACUAAUCUGAACAUUGGAAUGGACUUAUGGAAUGCAUCUCCUGCCGCUGCUGCCGCCGCUUCUGGAGCUGCAAAAAUUAGACCAAACGCAUCUGGCACUUCAUCAGCGAUAGUUCCUGCAAUAAUGCCUGAGCAAUGGAUUCAAGAUGAACGUGAGCUGAAAAGGCAGAAGAGGAAGCAAUCUAACAGGGAGUCAGCCAGAAGAUCAAGAUUACGGAAGCAGGCGGAGUGUGAAGAGCUACAAGCCAGGGUAGAGAAUUUGACCAAUGACAACCGCAAUCUUAGAGAUGAACUGCAGAGGAUCUCCGAAGAAUGCGAGAAACUCAAAUCUGAAAAUGAUUCCAUUAAGGAAGAGUUGGUACGAAUGUACGGACCAGAUGCAGUAGCUAACCUCGAACAAAGCAACCAAUCCUCAGUUGUUCAGUCUCGUGUUGAUGAGGGAAACAGUUAGCAGUGGAGAAGAAUAUAUAUUGACAAUCAUUAGAUUAUGACUAGCUUAAAUUGAGCAUAGAACAUUGGUUUUCCUUACUGAUCUCCUUACCGAUCUACACCCUUAAGGCCUUAACCCUUCAGUUAAAAUUGUAACAUUUUAUUUACAAAUUUUUCAGUCAGAGUCUGCGCCUCAUUUAGUUUAUGCGCAUUGUUGUAUUUAUUAAUCAAAUGAAUUUGAUUGAGGAUGAAAAGGAAUAGAGGUUUUUUUUUUCUCUCUA